CACACGUAAUUGCCAUGGCAACGACGCAAUGAAAUAUUUUGACACAAGUAAACACAUUUUGACAGUUAUCAGAUGUAACAUCGGAAUGAAUUACUGUGUAUCGUAAACAAUUGAUUAAUCUGUAUAAUAAAUAAAUGUAAAUCUACAAUAACGGUUUAAUAAUGAGUUCGAUUUUCGGUGGUAGCGAUAGUAAUGAAAGCACUGUUAUCUUUGACGCGUCAAAGAAUGAAAGAAGAUUGAACGACGAGUUUAAAGUACUUCAACGAAAAUUGAAAAUGAAAUAUAAAUUUGUUGAGAAUAGCGAAGUAAUAUCGAAUGAAUUAUUGACGAAUAUUAAAGUCUUGGUAUUACCAGGGCCACAAGACAAGUUUACUGAACUGGAAAUGAAUUAUAUUAGAACGUUUUUAAAUGCUGGUGGUAAUGUUUUUGUCACGCUUGGGGAAGGCGGCGAAAAUAAAUCCAAUACAAAUAUUAAUUUCUUAUUAGAAGAAUUUGGCAUAAUGGUAAAUAAUGAUAGCGUAGCUCGCAUGAGUUAUAGUCAAACAAUGCAUCCAAAAGAAUCUAUAAUUUCUCAAGGCCUGUCAAAUAAGUCUAUAUUUUUGAAACAUCAUGAUGAAUAUAUUGACGUGAAAUUUUUGUAUCCUUAUGGUGCAACUUUAAAUGUUGUACAACCUUCUGUUAUUGCUUUAUCCAGUGGAUCAAUCGCUAUUCCAAUGAAUAGACCUAUUUGUGCGUAUCACUGUCUGAAAAGUGGUGGUAAGCUCGUUGUGUUAGGUUCAUCUAAAAUGCUAACGGAUACGUAUAUUGAAAAGGCAAACAAUGAUGCAUUACGGGAAAUGAUUUUUGACUUUUUUGAGUCAAGUGUCACAAUGGAUCCUCACACGGAUGAUGUAGAAUUUUGGGAAUACAACUUUGUACCAGAUAUAACACAGCAGGCAGAUAAUCCCAAAGUUUGUACACAAGAAUUGGAUAUUGAUAUACCUCGCGAAUAUACCAAGCUAUUUAAACACCAUUUUUAUUCCAUAAAUUUGGAUAUGAUGCCAGCUUGCAUAAAAGCGUAUGACGUUUUAGGAAUGAAACAUGAACCGCUUACCUUGAUACCGCCUCAUUUUGAAGCACCAUUACCAGCUACGCAAGCUUCUGUUUUUCCACCGAGUUUCCAGGAAUUACCACCACCUGCCUUAGAAUUAUUUGACUUAGAUGAAGCCUUCAGUUCCAAUUUAUUGAAAUUAUCACAACUCACUAAUAAAUAUAUGGCAACAAAGGAUUUAUUAAAUGACACAGAAUUAGACCACUAUAUAAGGGAAUUUGGAAGUCUAAUAAGGAUAAAUAAUUCUGAUACACAUACUGCUAAGGAAGUAUUGAAUUCCGUUUUUCAUAAAAUCUAUAGUUACAAAGCACUUCACGAUUGA